CAAAUCAAACAAAAAAAGCAGUUUCACACCCUCGAGAAUGCAGAAAAAUUUCCUGGGAAAAUCAUAAAACUAAUUUUCUCUCUUUCCAAACAGCAGAUCCGAUCCACCCUCCAUUCCCAUUCUGCUCCUUCCUUCAACCAUCAACAACAAGCUCCUUCAGAUCAAGGACCAAAUCGCAAGUUUCAUCAUCAAUCGUGUGUGUGAAUCGUAGAUUCCGAUCGACGCCAUGGCCAUGGUGGACCAACCUCUGUAUCCGAUUGCGGUUCUCAUCGACGAGUUGAAGAACGAGGACAUUCAGUUGAGGCUCAACUCGAUUCGCAGGCUCUCCACCAUCGCGCGUGCGCUUGGUGAGGAGAGGACACGGAAGGAGUUGAUUCCGUUUCUCAGCGAGAACAACGACGAUGACGAUGAGGUGCUUCUCGCUAUGGCGGAGGAAUUGGGGGUUUUCAUCCCCUACGUCGGCGGCGUCGAACACGCCAAUGUUCUGCUUCCGCCGUUGGAAACUCUCUGCACCGUUGAGGAAACUUGCGUCAGGGAUAAAUCGGUGGAGUCAUUGUGUCGAAUUGGAGCUCAGAUGAGAGAACAAGACUUGGUUGAACACUUCAUCCCAUUGGUUAAGAGGUUGGCAGCUGGGGAGUGGUUCACAGCGCGGGUUUCGUCGUGUGGUUUAUUCCAUAUUGCUUACCCGAGUGCGCCCGAGGCACAGAAGGCGGAACUGAGAGCCAUGUAUGGUCAGCUGUGUCAAGAUGAUAUGCCCAUGGUUAGGAGAUCUGCUGCCACCAACCUGGGGAAAUUCGCUGCCACUGUUGAAGCUGCGCACUUGAAAUCCGACAUCAUGUCUGUGUUUGAUGAUCUCACACAGGAUGAUCAAGAUUCUGUUCGGCUUCUUGCUGUUGAGGGUUGUGCAGCUCUUGGAAAAUUGUUGGAGCCUCAAGAAUGUGUAGCACAUAUUCUUCCUGUCAUAGUCAAUUUUUCUCAGGACAAGUCAUGGCGUGUCCGUUACAUGGUUGCCAAUCAACUAUAUGAGCUAUGUGAAGCUGUUGGUCCUGAACCCACCAGGACGGAAUUGGUUCCGGCAUAUGUUCGACUACUGCGUGAUAAUGAGGCUGAAGUAAGGAUUGCUGCUGCUGGGAAAGUGACCAAGUUUUCCCGCAUAUUAAGUCCUGAACUUGCUAUUGAGCAUAUUCUACCAUGUGUGAAGGAGUUGUCUGCAGAUUCAUCUCAACAUGUUCGCUCUGCAUUGGCUUCAGUUAUAAUGGGAAUGGCACCAGUGUUAGGAAAGGAUGCGACAAUAGAGCAACUUCUCCCUAUUUUCCUUUCUCUUUUGAAAGAUGAGUUUCCUGAUGUCAGGCUAAAUAUUAUCAGCAAGCUUGAUCAAGUGAACCAGGUUAUUGGUAUUGAUCUGUUAUCCCAGUCUCUGUUACCAGCUAUUGUUGAGCUUGCUGAGGAUAGGCAUUGGAGAGUUCGACUUGCUAUCAUAGAAUAUAUACCCUUAUUAGCAAGUCAGUUGGGUGUAGGUUUUUUUGAUGAUAAGCUUGGAGCUCUCUGCAUGCAAUGGCUAAAGGACAAGGUAUACUCAAUCCGUGAUGCAGCUGCUAAUAACGUGAAACGCUUAGCAGAAGAAUUUGGACCAGAUUGGGCAAUGCAGCACAUUAUUCCCCAGGUUUUGGACAUGAUUAACGAUCCACAUUAUCUGUAUCGAAUGACAAUUCUACAAGCAAUUUCUUUAUUAGCUCCUGUUCUGGGCUCAGAGAUUACUUCUUCAAAACUGCUCCCUCUGGUUGUAAAUGCGUCUAAAGAUAGGGUCCCCAAUAUCAAAUUCAAUGUAGCAAAAGUUUUGCAAUCUCUCAUUCCAAUUGUUGAGGAAUCUGUUGUUGAGAAUACCAUCCGUCCCUGUCUGGUUGAGCUAAGUGAGGAUCCAGAUGUUGAUGUUAGGUUUUUCGCCUCUCAAGCACUACAGUCUAGUGAUCAAGUCAAGAUGUCCAGCUAGAUCAAUCUGCAUUUUUUCUUUAUUUUAUUUUUUUCUUUUGUAAUAUUUGCAAUUUCUUAUGUAAUUGGUGUCAGGCCAACUUGCUCAAUCUUUUGUAUUACGUAUCAUUGUUGAGCUCCUGCUUUGCUUUCGUUAUAUUUGAGAACUCUACUACCAGGUUCUUUGUAGUGAUGUAAUAUUAUCCAGAAGUGGGAAGAGUUUUGGCAUGAAUCCGCUAAUUCUAUGAUCUACUAAUUUGAACA